AUGCCAGAUGCCAAUUCAAGCAGUCUUUGGCCACUGCCUACCUCACACGCUUUUGUCAUUGCAAGCGUCGCCGAUCAAGGUCGUGCGGUGAUUGCGAAAGCUGACCUAGACAGGGGCUCUCAUAUACUGACAACUACACCAACACUGUCACCUCUGGCUCACGUGAUAUUUCGCCCUUACCGACGAGAAGUUUGCGCAUGGUGUUUCAAGUAUGAUCGCGGUAGAGAGUGGAAAAUCAGAGACAUCUCAACCGCCCAUGUGUUCUGUACCACAAAUUGCGAAGCAGCAUGGAGGCGCGACAACGACGAGAUCUGUACGGAAGCCCAACAGACCAUCGACUUACACAUUAAAUCUCAAGCCAAGCGUAAAGAACAUGAGAAACAGAUAAUGGAGACGACGAAGCUAGUCACAUUACAACAGAUUUCAACUUCGUGGAAAGACGCGGAAAUACUAGGUAAAGAAGUAUUUGCGGCCAGAACCUCAGCAAACCCUACGAAAAGACAACGCGCACUAAUAAGACAGGCACUAGAGCAUGUAGUCGAUACCGAUAUCCUCGCCUACUCUCUGUCCGGUGUACUUGCGGCCUACAAAUCAAACCUACGAAACAACGUCCAUCGUAUGGGCGACACUCGAACCUGCUUGCCUGCCUUGUUUGAACUCGUCCCUGACGACCACGUUUUCUUUGACAAUCCUAUAACACCCUCACCUCUACGCGAUUAUACCUCUGCAUAUCUUAUUCUCCUUUCGCUACUGCCUAUUGAGCUGCAGAAUUUUAUUACACCUGACCUGAUCAUCAACCUUGCAUCACGUGCCGCUCACAAUGCAUUCUCAAUUCGGCCUGAAGGUACAACAGAUGGCGAGCAGAGUGGGGAGUUCCUAGGAUGGGGUGUAUGGCCUGAAGCGAGCUUCUUCAACCAUUCGUGUCAGCCAACUGUUCGAAAGCAGAGAGAAGGGCGAACUUGGUCGUUCUACAUUGCCGAGGACGGCCUCAGUAGUGUCAAAGCUGGUCACCAGUUGUGCAUCACGUAUCUGGGAGGCGACGAGAGGAAUCUCGACGUGCGUGAAAGGAGAAACAGAUUACAAGAACAAUGGGGCUUCGUUUGUGGUUGCGAGAGGUGCAUUGCGGAAGCUGGUGGUCCAACCAGAGUCGAACCAGUCAGAGCAUAA